GAGAGAGAGAGAGAAUCAGACAGGGUUAGAGGGAGAGAGAAGGCGACUCAACCAACAGGGUACCAUUCUGCCGAGCGUCGAAAUAACACGUCUUUUAUUCAUGCAUUAUUUCGCACCGUCGGGAGGAUAGGGUCGGAUUCAAAGAAGAGGGAAGGAUCAUACGCCGUUUUUUUUUAAUAUUCCAUAUAAUUCCCCUUUCCCAGACCUCUUCAUAUUUGAUGUUUUUGUGCAGCGGAACGAUAGGCGAUUGAGGUCCAAGCAGGUGUGUGAGAAGUGAGAAAGGAGAGAGAGAGACCCCUGCGGCCGCUCCUCUCUCCAUCCUCUCCCGUCUCCAGAGGGGAAAUGUCGAGCGAGAAACCGGCUUCUGCACCUCAACAGUCGGAUCCAGACCGAGCCGCUCAUCCCCAGGGCCCCGGCCAGCCCCAGGUCGUUACGGGCGCUGGCUCGGCUCCCGUAGGGGACAGGAUGGUCUCAGGAUCCGGAUCCAUGGUGCUCCCGGCAGGGGUGAUCAACCCCGCGGUGCCGAUCAGGAAUAUCCAAAUGAAAUUCGCGGUGCUUGUCGGCCUAAUUCGGGUUGGAGAGGUUAGCAACCGGGACAUCGUCGAAACGGUUCUCAACCUGCUGGUGGGUGGAGAGUUUGACCUGGAGAUGAACUUCAUCAUCCAGGACAAUGAGAGUAUUGGCUGUAUGGUCGACCUGCUGUCUCACUGCCAAGUCACGUGUCAAGCUGAGGUGUGGAGCAUGUUCACAGCCAUCCUGAGGAAGAGUGUGAGAAACCUCCAGACCAGCACAGAGGUUGGCCUCAUCCAGCAGGUCCUGACCCGGAUGAGCUCAGUGGAUGACAUGAUCGCAGAUCUCUUGGUAGAUAUGCUGGGCGUGAUGGCAAGCUACAGUAUAACAGUGAAGGAGCUCAAGCUUCUCUUCAGCAUGCUGAGAGGAGACAACGGUGUCUGGCCAAGACAUGCCAUCAAGUUGUUGUCGGUGUUGAACCAGAUGCCUCAGAGGCACGGUCCGGACACCUUCUUCAACUUCCCCGGUCGCAGUGCAGCGGCCAUCGCGUUGCCUCCCAUUGCUAAGUGGCCUUACCAGAACGGUUUCACCUUGAACACCUGGUUCAGACAGGAUCCCCUCAACAACAUCAACGUAGACAAGGACAAACCCUACCUCUACUGCUUUAGGACCAGUAAAGGUAUUGGGUACUCUGCCCACUUUGUGGGGAACUGUCUAAUUGUGACGUCACUGAAGUCCAAGGGAAAAGGUUUCCAACACUGUGUGAAGUAUGACUUUCAACCACGCAAGUGGUACAUGAUCAGCAUCGUACACAUCUACAACCGCUGGAGGAACAGUGAGAUACGUUGCUAUGUCAAUGGUCAGCUGGUCUCCUACGGCGACAUGGCCUGGCACGUCAACACUAAUGACAGCUAUGACAAGUGUUUCCUGGGUUCGUCUGAGACUGCGGAUGCUAACCGCGUGUUCUGUGGUCAGCUGGGAGCGAUCUACGUUUUCAGUGAGGCUCUGAACCCCGCUCAGAUCUUCGCCAUACACCAACUGGGUCCUGGCUACAAGAGUACCUUUAAGUUUAAGUCGGAGAGUGACAUCCACUUGGCAGAGCACCAUAAACAGGUCCUAUAUGACGGGAAGCUAGCCAGCUCCAUCUGCUUCACCUACAACGCCAAGGCCACCGACGCCCAACUCUGUCUCGAGUCGUCGCCCAGAGAGAACCCGUCCAUUUUCGUACAUUCUCCACACGCCCUCAUGCUACAGGAUGUGAAGGCCAUAGUGACCCACUCCAUCCACAGUGCCAUCCACUCUAUAGGAGGCAUCCAGGUCUUGUUCCCGCUCUUCUCCCAGCUGGACUACAGACAACUGACCGACAGCUCUGUGGACACCACUGUCUGUGCCACCCUGCUGGCGUUUCUUGUUGAACUGUUGAAGAGCUCGGUGGCCAUGCAGGAACAGAUGUUAGGAGGGAAAGGAUUCCUGGUCAUUGGAUACCUGCUGGAGAAGUCAUCCAGGGUCCACAUCACCAGGGCGGUUCUGGAGCAGUUCCUGUCCUUCGCCAAGUACCUGGACGGGUUAACCCACGGAGCACCACUCCUCAAACAGCUGUGUGAUCACGUGCUCUUCAACGCAGCCAUCUGGAUUCACACACCCGCCAAGGUCCAGCUGUCCCUGUACACCUACUUGUCAGCCGAGUUCAUCGGCACGGCGACCAUCUACUCCACCAUCCGGCGUGUUGGCACGGUGCUCCAGCUGAUGCACACGCUGAAGUAUUACUACUGGGCCAGCAACCCCCUGGAGGGCAGCGGGAUCACCCCCAAAGGCCUGGAUGGACCGAGGCCUUCUCAAAAGGAGAUAAUUUCCCUCAGAGCCUUUAUGCUGCUGUUCCUGAAACAACUCAUACUGAAGGAUCGGGGAGUGAAGGAGGAUGAGCUACAAAGCAUUCUUAACUACUUGCUGACCAUGCAUGAGGACGAGAAUAUCCAUGACGUGUUACAGCUGUUAGUGGCUCUGAUGUCAGAACAUCCUGCCUCCAUGAUCCCAGCCUUCGACCAGAGGAACGGGAUACGGGUGAUCUGUAAACUCCUGUCCUCCAAGAGUGAGAGCAUCAGAGUGCAGGCUCUCAAAGUCCUGGGGUACUUCCUCAAACACCUGGGACACAAGUGCAGGAGGAAGGUGGAGAUCAUGCACACCCACAGCUUGUUCACCCUCCUGGGAGAGAGACUGAUGACACACACCAACACCGUCAGUAUCACCACAUACAACACACUCUACGAGAUUCUGACAGAACAGGUGUGUACCCAGGUGGUCCACAAGCCCCACCCAGAACCAGACUCCACCAUCAAGAUACAGAACCCCAUGAUUCUGAAGGUGGUAGCGACCCUGUUGAAAAACUCCAGCCCCAGUACUGAGUUAAUGGAGGUCAGGAGACUCUUCCUGUCGGACAUGAUCAAACUGUUCAGCAACAGCCGAGAGAACAGACGGUGCUUGCUGCAGUGUUCAGUGUGGCAGGAUUGGAUGUUCAGCCUGGGCUACAUCAACCCUAAAAACCCGGAGGAACAGAAGAUAACUGAGAUGGUGUACAACAUCUUCAGGAUCCUCCUCUACCACGCCAUCAAGUACGAGUGGGGAGGCUGGAGGGUCUGGGUCGAUACACUCUCCAUCGCACACUCCAAGGUAACAUAUGAGGCUCAUAAGGAGUACCUAGCCAAGAUGUAUGAGGAGUACCAGCGUCAGGAGGAAGAGAACAUCAAGAAGGGGAAGAAAGGUUCUGUUUCCACCAUCUCCGGCCUCUCGGCUACACCCGCUCCCGUUGUCAACGGUAACCUGGAGAUCCGCGAGCUGGACGACCACUCCCAGUCCCAGACCCCCGAGAGUGAGGCGGAGUAUGGAGACGGGGGAACUGGCGCAGGAGGGGACUCCAGGAAUCUGCUCGCUGAAGGAGGGGUCGGAGGAAAGAGGCCCAACGGAGAAGCGUUGACCCCCGGGGACCAAGGUCAGGGUCCAGGGGUGAGGGUCGAGGUUCAUGAUCUCUUGGUGGACAUCAAGGCGGAGAAAGUAGAGGCCACCGAGGUCAAACUGGACGACCUGGACCUGUCCCCAGAAGGCUUGGUGGGAGGCGGGGGAGGCAUGGAGGGACUUGGGGUGGGUGGGAUAGUAGGUGGGAGGAUGGAGAACGGCCCGCUGGUGGAGGUGGACUCCUUAUUGGACAGCACCUACUGUGCUGUUGUGCGGAAGCUCAACGGAAACCACGGCAACCUGGCGCCUAAGGACGACACGGUGGUCACCGGGGCAGUCCUGGGUGCCAUAGAGGAUGAUGGGAAUAUGGGUCCGCUCAUCACCCUCGCCGACGAGAAGGACAGUAUCCCAAGCAACAACGGAUUCCUCUUUGGCAAGGUGGAUGAGAAGCUACUUCCAGCGUUGGCGUCAACUGAGCCCCUCGUCCUCCCCAGCCCUGACCAGCCCGCCCCAUCCAGCCACUCCUCCACCUGCGACGAUCUGAGCCUCCUGGCUCACAUGACGUCUUGCGGGGGCUCGAAUCUCGGCCAAGCCCACGGAGGACUCUCCGAGGACGGACCCUUCAAGACCCAGAGCCCCCUGGCUGACAUCAGCUCCAUAGCUCAGAGGGAGAGCCAGGCAGCUGAGAUCCAGGCCCAGGCCCAGGCCCAAGGCUACCCAGACGGGGAGGGCCUUUCUGGGGCAGAUGGAGAGGCGUCCGGGGGCAAGACUGGAGGAGAUGCUGCCAGCACCACAUCCGAUACGGAGAGGUCCGACGAUGGGAAGGACAAGGAGAUGAAGAAGAUCCAGACAACUGCUACUACUCAGGCGCUCCACGGGCGAACGGCGGCCCAGUUGGAGCGGGACCUGCGGGUGGACCUGGGCUUCCGAGGCAUGCCCAUGACAGAGGAGCAGCGGCGCCAGUUCAGCCCGGGUCCUCGCACCACCAUGUUCCGCAUCCCGGAGUUCAAGUGGUCCCCCAUGCACCAGCGCCUCCUCACCGACCUGCUGUUCGCCCUGGAGACCGACGUCCACGUCUGGAGGAGUCAUUCGACCAAGUCAGUUAUGGACUUCGUGAACAGCAACGAGAACAUAAUCUUUGUCCAUAACACCAUUCACCUCAUCUCCCAGAUGGUGGACAACAUCAUCAUUGCCUGCGGAGGGAUCCUUCCUCUACUCUCUGCUGCCACCUCCCCCUCUAGUUCAAAGGUUAGUGCGAACACUACCGAGCUGGAGAACAUCGAGGCCACCCAGGGCAUGUCCUCGGAGACCGCCGUGUCCUUCCUGUCACGUCUCAUGGCCAUGGUGGACGUUCUGGUGUUCGCCAGCUCACUCAACUUCUCCGAGAUCGAGGCUGAGAAGAACAUGUCCUCUGGAGGCCUGAUGAGACAGUGUCUACGGCUGGUGUGCUGCGUGGCGGUGAGGAACUGUCUGGAGUGUCGACAGAGACAGAGAGACAGGGGCUGUGUGUCCAAGUCCAACCUGCCCACCAGCAGCAAGUCACAGGACAGCCUGCAGAGUAGUGCAGCCGCCAGCAAGGACCCAGACAGACUUCUACAGGACGUUGACAUCAACCGCCUAAGAGCUGUUGUCUUCAGGGACGUAGAUGACAGUAAGCAGGCUCAGUUCCUGGCCCUGGCGGUUGUCUACUUCAUCUCCGUCCUCAUGGUGUCAAAGUACCGGGACAUCCUGGAACCUCAGAGAGAGAUUGGCAGGUCCAGCAGCCUAUCAGGGAGGAGCAUCCGCCACGAGAUCAACUCCCCAACCAGCACAGAGCACCCGUCAUCCUCCUUCACUGAUAGUGGCCGGGGGGAGAAGCAGACCUCCACACCCAUGGAGGACUCUCCGCUAGCCUCUCUGCCCCACACCGACUCAGGGAUUGGGGAGGAGGGCCACGGGCCAGGGGGUCUGAACGGGUCGGAGCUGGGCCUGGGCCUGGGCAUGGGCCUGGGCAUGGGUCUGGCCGGCAGGGAGACAGACAGAGACGGGGGAGGGGAUUUACUCUGCACACUGUCGUCAGAGGUCAGGAGGUCAAGGGAGAGCCUGCUAGAUUCUCCCCACAACCCCAACUCCGCCUCUAGUCACGGCCAAGCCCCGCCCUCGUCCAUCUCCAGCAUCAGUCAGACCAACAAGGGCAUCAAUGUGAAGGAGAUUUUGAAGAGCCUUGUGGCCGCGCCCCUGGAUGGAGGGGAGGCAGGGCAGGAAGUUGGUCCCACCCCCUACCACCCUGAUCCCGCCCUCAAAACACACCCAAUGCUACCCAUGCAGUUUCACUCAUUUGACAGGUCAGUGAUGGUGCCCGUUAAGAAGCCCCCUCCUGGCAGUCUGUCAGUCAACACAGUUGGCACGCCAACCACCAGCGGAGCAGCCACUCCUGGAAGUACACCUAACAUCUUCGCUGCUGCCACAGCAACGCCCAAGAGCAUGAUCAACACCACAGGUGCCACAGACUCUGCCUCCUCUUCCUCCUCCUCUUCGUCGUCCUUCGUGAAUGGGGCGACCAGUAAGAACCUUCCGGCUGUUCAGACAGUGGCUCCUAUGCCUGAGGACAGCGUUGAGAACAUGAGUGCCUAUUGCGAAGUGGAGCAGUGCACACUGAGGAGCGGUUUGACGCCCCCUGAGCUCAAGCCCUUUAGCUCUCUGGCAGGCUUCCAGACUGCCCCCCGCGAUGCAGGACAGUGUCUUAGUAUAACCACUAAGUUGGAGCGAGCGCUGGAAAAGGUGGCCCCUCUCCUGAGGGAGAUCUUUGUGGACUUUGCUCCAUUCCUCUCCAGGACCCUGUUGGGUAGCCAUGGCCAGGAGCUGCUCAUUGAAGGUACAGGUCUUGUGUGUAUGAAGUCCAGUACUUCAGUGGUGGAGCUGGUCAUGUUGCUCUGCUCUCAGGAAUGGCAGAACUCCAUCCAGAAAAACGCCGGUCUGGCCUUCAUCGAGCUCAUCAACGAGGGAAGACUGCUAUGUCAUGCUAUGAAGGACCACAUAGUGCGUGUGGCCAACGAGGCGGAGUUCAUCCUGAACAGGCAGAGGGCCGAAGAUGUACACAAACAUGCAGAGUUUGAGUCCAACUGUGCCCAGUACGCUGCUGACCGGAGGGAAGAGGAGAAGAUGUGUGAUCACCUGAUCAGCGCCGCCAAGCACAGAGACCAUGUGACCGCCAACCAGUUGAAACAGAAGAUCCUCAAUAUCCUGACCAAUAAGCAUGGGGCGUGGGGAACGAUGUCCCAGAGCCAAUUGCAUGACUUCUGGCGUCUGGAUUACUGGGAGGAUGACCUGAGGAGGAGGCGGAGAUUUGUACGAAAUCCCUUUGGCUCCACCCACCCAGACGUGACACUCAAAGCCCUGGAGGAUUAUGGUACGGAGGAGGAGGGAGAGGAGGGGCUAAAGUCUAAAAAGAUGUUCCGCAGCCAAUCAGUAGUCAGUCAGAACCCAGAAGCGGAGCUGAUGCUUGAGGGAGACGAUGAUGCUGUUAGUCUGCUGCAGGAGAAGGAGAUUGACAACCUUGCAGUUCGUUUUCGACAGCGGGUUUUUACCUCCAGAGGCCCAGUGGUGCUCAGUACACCGGCCCAGCUGGUGGCACCGGUGGUGGUGGCUCGCGGAACUCUGUCCAUCACCACCACAGAGAUCUACUUCGAGGUGGACGAGGAAGACCCCAUCUUCAAGAAGACUGACCCCAAGGUCCUGGCCUACUCUGAAGGUCUCCACGGGAAAUGGAUGUUCAGUGAGAUCAGAGCUGUGUUCUCCCGGCGAUACUUGCUCCAAAACACGGGUCUGGAAGUCUUCAUGGCCAAUCGCACCUCUGUGAUGUUCAACUUCCCCGACCAAGGUACAGUGAAGAGGGUGGUGUACUGUCUACCAAGGGUAGGGGUCGGAACCAGCUACGGAUUGCCUCAGGCCAGGCGUAUCUCUUUGGCAACCCCUCGUCAGCUGUUUAAGUCGUCCAACAUGACCCAGCGAUGGCAGAGGAGGGAGAUCUCCAACUUUGAGUACCUCAUGUUCCUCAACACCAUAGCAGGGAGGACCUACAAUGACCUGAACCAAUACCCCGUGUUCCCCUGGGUUCUGACAAACUACGAGUCAGAGGAGCUGGACCUCACCCUGCCGGGAAACUUCCGAGACCUUUCCAAGCCAAUCGGAGCGCUGAACCCGAAGCGAGCUGUGUUCUAUGCGGAGCGCUAUGAGACCUGGGAGGAUGACGGAACGCCGCCACACCACUACAGCUCUCUGUACUCCACGGCUCAUACCACGCUGACCUGGAUGCUGCGGAUAGAGCCCUUCACAACGUUCUUCCUGAAUGCCAACGACAGCCAGUUUGACCACCCAGACAGAGCCUUCUCUGGCAUCGCCCGGUCAUGGAGAAACUGCCAACGAGACACUGCUGAUGUCAAGGAGUUGAUCCCAGAGUUCUACUACUUGCCAGAGAUGUUUGUGAACAGCAGCGGUUAUGAGCUGGGUCAGAGAGAGGAUGGGACUCCAGUAUGUGACAUAGAGCUGCCAGCCUGGGCCAAAAAGCCUGAAGACUUUGUACGCAUCAACCGCAUGGCAUUAGAGAGUGAGUUUGUGUCCUGCCAGCUGCACCAGUGGAUAGAUCUGAUAUUUGGUUAUAAGCAGCGAGGGCCUGAGGCGGUCCGAGCACUCAACGUCUUCCACUUCCUGUCCUACGAGGGCUCUGUUACCUUGGAUACCAUCACUGACUCGGCACAGCGGGAGGCAAUGGAGGCUCAGAUCCAGGCAUGCGGUCAGACUCCAUCCCAGUUGUUGAUCGAGCCCCACCCCCCUCGAUCCUCCGCCAUGCACCUGUGUUUCCUUCCCCAGAGUCCUCUGAUGUUUAAGGACCAGAUGCAGCAGGAUGUGAUCAUGGUUCUGAAGUUCCCGUCCAACUCCCCCGUGACCCACGUGGCGGCCAACACCCUGCCCCACCUCUCUGUCCCGGCUGCUGUCACUGUCACCUGCAGCAGGCUGUUCGCCGUCAACCGCUGGCACAACACCGUCGGUCUCCGUGGUGCGCCAGGUUACUCCUUAGAACAGGCUCAUCACCUGCCCAUCGAGAUGGACCCUCUCAUAGCCAACAACUCUGGUGUGAGCAAGCGUCAGAUCACAGACCUGGUGGACCAGAGCAUCCAGAUAAACACACACUGCUUUGUGGUAACUGCCGAUAACCGCUACAUCCUGGUCUGUGGCUUCUGGGACAAGAGCUUCAGAGUCUACUCCACUGAGACAGGUAAGCUGACCCAGAUAGUGUUUGGCCACUGGGAUGUGGUGACGUGUCUGGCCCGUUCAGAGAGCUACAUCGGAGGGGACUGCUACAUCGUGUCUGGGUCCCGGGACGCGACGCUGCUUCUGUGGUACUGGAGCGGACGACAUCACAUCAUAGGAGACAACCCCAACAACAGUGACUAUCCUGCUCCAAGAGCUGUUUUGACAGGUCAUGACCACGAGGUGGUAUGUGUGUCUGUCUGCGCUGAGCUGGGACUGGUCAUCAGUGGUGCUAAAGAGGGUCCGUGCCUGGUCCAUACUAUAACAGGGGACCUGCUGCGGGCCCUGGAGGGCCCUGAGAUGUGUCUUCGGCCCCGUCUUAUCUCCGUGUCCAGCGAGGGCCAUUGCAUCAUCGGCUACGAGAGGGGCCACUUCUGCAACUUCAGCAUCAACGGAAAACUACUGGCUCAGAUGGAGGUCAACGACUCGACGCGGGCAAUCCUUCUGAGCAGUGACGGUCAGAACCUGGUGACCGGCGGAGACAACGGUGUGGUGGAGGUCUGGCAGGCCUGUGACUUCAAACAGCUCUACAUCUACCCAGGCUGUGACGCUGGCAUCCGCGCCAUGGACCUGUCACAUGACCAGAGGACUCUGAUCACGGGCAUGGCUUCUGGCAGCAUCGUAGCUUUCAACAUCGACUUCAACCGCUGGCAUUACGAACACCAGAACAGGUACUGAGAAGAGGAGGAAGAGAGAAGGAUGAAGGGGCGGAAGAGGGGUAGAGAGGAUGAAAAGAGAGAAAGGUGGAGUAGAAGAGGAAUUCAAAGGUCACGCUGUACAACCAGGAAACGAGGACAACAGAAAGGGAGAGAGGUUGGACACCCACUCCUCUUUGUCCUAUGGUGACGUCACCUGAGAAGGAAGAGAACAGAGCACAUCCCGGUUACUGCGGGGUCUCGACCUGUCGACCUGUUGCGCCCACCCACACAGCCACGUGUGCUGUCAUUUCAACACACAACACCCUGAACGAAUCCCAGUAAUAAUGGACUAAGAUCAAAUAAGAAGAACUAAUGUACUAGACGUUGACUGGGUUCAGACAGGCCCGUAUAGGACAUUUAGUGUAUAACAGCAGUCAAUGUCAAUGGACUUAUCGCUUUUACAGGAUAAAGUAACACUGCUUCAUUUGUUUACGUUGGUAAUUUUUUUAUAAGGAUGGGAGAUGGGAUCCAGACUAACACAGAAAGAUGAAAGAGGUCUUAAUUGGUUUGAACUUUAACAAUUAAUUCAACUGGUCUAUACUGCAUAAAACUGGUUUAAAACGAUUGAUGUCUGAGGUAGUACUAUCCGUUGAGUUUGCUAAACCCAAAUCAAGUUUAUUCUAUAAUUUAUGUAUUUAUUUAUUUCAUUUUGUUAGUUUUCUUUUGAAUUAAUUUCUUUAAUUUGAUUUGUACAUUUUUGUAAUGUUUAUAUUUUUUACCCCCAAGAGGGUCAAUUUGAUUUGUGUAAAUACUGUUCCGUUUCCUACUCUCUCUGUCUCUGAUUGACCAGCAGGGGGAGCUCACAGUCCACAAGCCUAUCACCUUUUAUUUAUUAAUGACUUGCUGUAUUGUAUGUACAAUGUGUAAUAAUAACGAUGAUGAUGGUAAUGAUGACAAAGAGGAGUCGGAUGGCAGUGAUGAUGGCAGAGGUCUGGGUGAUGACUAAGAAGUGUUUUGCAAAUGCCUCUAGACGACAUGGAACAGAUAUCCACAAGACAAGCCUGAUUUCCCUUGUACAUUUGGUAAUUGUUUUGUCAAAUAUGUACAUAGUCUUGGUUUCAGGCUAGGACGGGACGGGAGUUUAAUCAACUGAUAAUGGAUGAAUAAUGUUAAAAAGGAAACCUUCACUCACAUUUGUUGAUUAUUUAAUGAAAAGAUAAAAAUAAUCGAAUCCGUGUCAAACAUUUAGUUUUUUUGUAUUCCCACUUUGCACCAAUCACAUAUCAUUAUUUAUUAGCGUAAAAAAUUAUUUCCUGUCACCUAACCGUUUAAUUUUUUCUGCCCAUUUUUUAUCCUGCGGGAUUAAUUGUGCAUUGAUGUUUGUGUUUAAAGAGGAUGAAAUCACAUGUGAUAAAUGAAGUUGUACAAUCUCACAGCUGUAAGCAAUAUCAUGAGUCUUUAUCCCAGGGUGAGACAGAGCAGAGAGUGAGGGAUGGAAGGAAGAACAGUGAGAUGUGCUGUUAGUGUGUGCGUUAAGCGAUCUCGAUCAAAUACACACUCACACACACAAACACAUACACAUACAUACUUCCAACAACAGGUUCAACUUAUGUAUCCCCCACAAAAAAUAUACAAUAUUUUUGGAUCUAUGAAAUCCUAAAAACAACUAUUGUAUUCAUGUUUUAUUGCAAAGAUGUAAAAUACCAUGUGUGAGUUGAAAGUUGAAAAUAAAAAUCAAGAAAAUAAAAAUAAAAUAUGCAAAGAA